UGGGGGACACCGCUGGGUGAGAGGGACAGCCCUGGGUGAGACGGACAGCCCUGCGUGAGAGGGACAGCCCUGGGUGAUACCCCUGGGUGAGAGGGACAGCGCUGGGUGCGAGGGACACCCCCGGGGGAGAGGGACACCGGGUCAAAGACACCAUCCUGACAUACAGCAUCAACAACUAAAAGUCUCUCUUCCAAACUUGAGAUGGAAACUCACCUUGUGUCAGAAAGCACAAAAGAGGAUGAAAAAAAGCCAAUGAAAAAUCCAUUUAAGCUCCCAACAGACGCUGAACUUUUCUCAAUGAGAGACAAGGAAAUUAAGAAGGCACAGGAGGAACGUGAAAAGAGGAAGACCAUGAAAGUCCAUGAGAAAACUACUUACUCCACUAAAAUGAAGGCAAAAAGUGGGUUGAGGAAAGCUUUGAAAAGGGAGGAAGAAGAGGAGAGCAGAAAAGAGGCGACCAGUGAAGAGAGACUGAAAUACCUGCAGGAGAUGCUUUCGCGGAAGUUGGCCAUGAAAAAAGAUUAUAAAUUCGACAGGGAGACCUUCCAUGGCUACCUACAGGACAGAAAACAGAUCUUUUUUCUUGAGCACACCAUUGCAGUAAAGAGAGGGGAGAUUGAAAAGAUGGAGAACAUAACAAAGGAUGAGGAAAGAAAGCUGGAAAAGGCUGAGAGAAGGAUGGAGAAGGACGCUGCCAUGUUUGAUGCCUUCCUGAAGGAGAACCACAAUAACUCUGUUGAAGCACUGAGAAGAGCCAAAAGAGAAACCUCAGCAAAGACGAAGAAAAUAACAGAGAUCCAGGGACUCACAACUGAAAUAAAGAAAAUCCAAAGUGACAUCUCCAGAUUUGAGGACACCCUGCAGGAGUACAAGAUGUACAGGGACAUUCUCUACCAGCUAUCUCCAAAAGAGUGGCAGGAGGAGCACAGAAAAAGGCACAAAAAGGAAAAGGAUAAGGAAACAGAACCCAGGAAUGAAGGAAGGGCUUCACCUCCCUCCAGCACAGAGCAGGAGCAGGGUCCCAGUGGCCACAGUGUCACUUUCACGGAUAUUCCGAGCUCCCUGCUGUUCUCAGAGAGUUUGGAUUUCAGGGCACGUGAUCUCAGGCCACAGCUUAAACACUUCCUGCAGCCUCUUCUGUCAAGAGACCUAAGUUCACUGGAGGAUGCAGAGAGUGAAGUCAGCUCGGACGAAGAUGAGGAGCCCGAGCUCUACUUCACUGAUCCUGAACAAUUGCUUAAUACUUUCAUGGAGAUGCUGGAUGAGAACUUAUCCUUUGUCCUGAACUCCCAGGAUAUUGCAGAGAGCUGGAACAAGGUCCAGCAGACUUUCAUCAGCACACGUGAAAGCAUGGAGAAGGAGCUGGCAGCGCUGAAAGAGCAGGUGAGCACCCUGCGAGCCUCCGUGGCCAAGGAAGAGGAGAAAGUAGCCGAGCUGAAGCUCAAAGUUCAGCUCUUUUCCCCUGCAGAACACGAAGGUGAUGACCAGGACAAAGUGCUCAUAAGCCUGAACAAGAAGGUGCAGGAAGUUUAUUUCCAGUGCACUGGAGACAAUGAGGCAAACCUGCCAACAGUAGAGAUGUUAAAGGUCAUAGAAAAACAGCUCAUUGAUUUACUGGACAGUGUGGAGAGAAUCCCAGCAGCAAAGAUAGAAAAGGCUGUGAAAGACAUAAGAAGGGAACAGAGGGCAAGGCUCAGAGAGGAAAAGCAGAAACAAGCAAGGCAUCAGCAGGAUGAAGGAUUGAAAAGGGAUAUGGAAAAAUCACAGGUACCUGAAGAAAAUAAGAACAAGAAAGUGGCCUUCCCUUCCAACCCAUCUGCCAGGAAGAACAGCCAAGGAAAUAGAUAAGGAAGAACAAUUGUAUUAUUUCUCCUGAUGGCACAGCUUUAACCGCAGCUUACAGGGCUGAUGCUGUUCUAGAAGUCUUUUCUAGCUCUACAAUCUGUCAGUCUUUGCUCAGCUGAACUUUACUGUCCCAUGAAAUUUCCUUCUCCUACCCUAAGAUUCCAGGGAAAGUCUGCAACCCCUUUUCCCCCCUCCUUUGGUAUUUUGCCUAAGAAAAUAAAUAAAAAAAAUCUCUCAUUUUGCUUCUCAAGCUCCUGCUAAGCACCAAUUCUUUUCUCAUUCAGUUUUUUAUGCCAAUAGCACUACCUGUACAAACCUGAGCAGUGAGAUCUAUGACAGUCCCAGGUGACAAUCUUUGUUAAGGCACAGCCAAGGCAGGUACCUCAUAGAUAUUUAUGAUAAUCACAGGUCUUCUGAAGGACUGUAAAAGCCAUUAUAGACUCUACCCCACUAUAGUGGAGAAUACACAACUGAAGGAAAACCACAAGCUCUCUGCAGAAAUCAAGCUGCCAGUAAUUAGCUUUGUGUCAGAUGCAUCCAUGCAAAGAACAAUACCCAGUGACAAAGUGACCAUAAAAAAAAAGCUUUAUUAACCCUUUUGCACCAGCAGUUCUUCAGGUAUCCAUUGCCAGCAAUGGAGCCCUAGCCAAGUGAUCCAAGUUUCUGCCCUCAAGAGGUUAGCACUUUACAUUCACUUACAAAGCUGAGUGAGGUACAUUUUCAGAAGUAGAAAGAUUUGGUUGCAAGUCCCAUAAAAAGAUGGAGUGUUCCUUGGCCAUUUUAAUGGAUUACAAACUGGUAUGGUCCUUGAGAACAGAAUAAUGCAGGCAUUGGGAGCUCGAGGUGUCUCAGCUUCCAGGGAGAGCACGGUGACCCCUCAGCACAAUUCCUCCUCAUCCUUCCUCCUCUCAGGAGGGGACUCUGUGCUGCAGCCACAGCCACCAGCAGAUCUCAGCUACCAACUGGUUUGAAAACCCAGCCUGAGAGGGUUCAGACUUUCCCUGGAUGUAAGCUGUAAACUCAGAGUGAGAGGAACAGAGAGACCUCAAUGCUCAGUUAGGCUAAAGAUAGAAAAAUAAAGCUGGUUCAACCAGAGAUAUAAUACUGCCUACAAAUCAGGAGCUGAAGUUCACUGUAACCUGUAUGCUUGUUUUCCUCCCCAAGUCUGCAAUCAAAAAAGCAUUUAUAUGGACACAUACAUAGUUCAAAAGGCACAGGAAGUAAAAGCAUUUCUGAACGACCUCAUGUGAAUUUAACAUCAGUAUAACUGUAAAAUAAAUAAAUAUGUGCAAGAUUAAAAAGACCACAACGUUCUCCUCUGUGACAUAUCUUAUUUUGUAAAAAAAAAAAGAAAAUACACAUACGUGCAUACACACACCUCACUGAGAAUAAAAAAAAAA